CUCUCCCUGUCUCUCUGUUAACAAUUCCCAUAUUUAUAUAUAAACAAACCGUGGUCUGCCAUGGUAACCGUUUUAGCUUUCUACGAUUGAAACAACAGAAUCUUUAAUUCAGCUUGCUUCUUUGUUCUUUCCUACUUCAGUUAUUAUUAUUAUUAUUAUCAUUAUUAGUUAUUAGACUUUUACUGCUUCAAUAAAACAUGGAAGCAGGCGAGUGUUGUUCCAGUACUUCUCCCUCUACUUCUACUCCCACAAGUGCCGAGAAACGCAAGCACAGGCAACAACAAGAAAAGCCUUACAGAGGUAUAAGGAUGAGGAAGUGGGGAAAGUGGGUCGCUGAAAUUAGAGAACCCAACAAACGUUCUAGAAUUUGGCUUGGCUCUUAUUCUACCCCUAUCGCCGCCGCGCGUGCAUAUGACACCGCCGUUUUCUACCUUAGAGGCCCUUCCGCUAGACUUAAUUUCCCCGAUUUGAUAUUCCGCGAUGACGAACAGACAAGAGACAUGUCUGCUGCUUCUAUACGCAAAAAAGCAACCGAAGUUGGGGCUCAGGUGGACGCCCUGCAACAAACGGCUCCCCACAGCCAUGCAUCGGAUCAGAACUCGAACCGAGUAGUAGUUUCAGAGAAACCUGACUUGAACCAGUAUCCGAACCCGGAAAAUUCUGAUGAAGAGUAGAAGAAAUAGAAUCGUUUGAUUAAUUAGUAAUAUUAAAACUCCUUGUUAUCUUUUCUUUUUAAAGAAAGCUAGCUAUAGUUAAUUAGCCACCUGUUUACGUGCCUGAGAAAAGUUUUCAGACAACUGUAAAUUGGGUUUGUUUAAUUAAAUUAAUUAAGAGUUCAAAACAGCAGUAGAUAUCAAAAGAAGAAGUUCAAUCCUAAAAGAGAGUGAAAGUUGUAUUUUAGGGCAAACUAUGCAAUAGUGAAUUUUAGUUAGUUAAAGCAUCGUUUAAUUCUGUGUUUGUCUUUUUGUGAAGUACUGUGGUCUUGUUGUUGGAUUUUCAUAGUACUGAUUCCAUUCCCAAUAAUAUGAAGAGAAAGAAGCAGCAGCAGUAGGAAUAUUGGAAUUUUAACUGUAAGAAAUAAUAUAUGUAGAAACAGCGAUGGCCUACCUUUUCAUUUAUUUGUUAUAAGAAAAUAUAUUGAUCUGAGUUAGCGAAACAAAAAACAAAGUUAAGGAGAUAAGAAGAUAAGGAAGAGAGCUGGGGUUGGGCAGCAAGAAGUGGGACUUGUGACGUGCCUGUGAGAGUGUGGACUGGACACCACCAGAUAGAACACAAAUGAGAUGGGAAGUGGUCCUCAAUCAGGGAGGUUGUCGUUGUCCACCUCAUGAGGAUGGUGGAAAGCUUACGAAAGGUCGUUCGGUGGAAGUUGAUGGCCGAUCAAAGGUGUGGGCGGUGACUGAGUGCUUUUUUUUUUUUCUUUUUAAUUAUUAAAUAAUAAGAAUAAUUAGUAGCAAUAUAUUUUGUCAAGGGACUAUGAUUUGUAUGGGUAUUGUAUGCGGGAGGGACCAUUAAUUUUCAUGAAAUUUCUUGUAAUUGUGUUUUUUGUUUAC